AUGUCUGCAUUUCUUCUUCUAGCUGCCACUUCCGAGCUGAGGAUAUUGGACGAACAAAGAAAAAAACACAGGAGAAGAGAUCGAAAGGAAGGGACGAACUCGUCUGGACAUCAUAAGUCAAAGGACCCAUCAUACGCCAGAAAUCGCCGAAGAAGCGAUGCCUCCUCAAAUACGUCCACUUCCACUUCCACGUCUAGGAAGGUCUUUGACAUCAAUACCAGUUCGUAUGUGGAUAGAAAAACUGUGCAGUCACCCUUGGAAGAGAAGAAGAGAGAAUGGGUCACUAAAUUAGACAACCUCAAGAAGGAGUGUCGUUUUCACAAGGAAAACGAGGCAAUGUCAUCAUAUGAAGUGAAUGGGUCCAAGCUAUUCACUAAGAGGAAUUUGCGUAUUUUGAGAUAUACUUAUCUUGAAGAAUUUACUGCAGACUACGAUUUGAUUGACUAUAGAAUGAAAUCAAAGAGGAAGAGUAUCAAGUUUAUGAUGAAAUUAAGCGCUAUAAAUAGGAAACACAAACAAGGUUUACCAACGUUCGACGAGGGCCAGAACAUUGGACCACAAGGAUUUCAUGAUAAUGAUAGUGAAGUAGAAAGUGAUAACGAGGAAGAAUUUUCAAAUCAAUUCGGGAUUAAUGAAGAAGAACUUGUGGAAUUGGCUAGAAAUGUAAGAAUCGGUGACGCUCAAUCCAUGACCUCAUUGGACAACUCAUUGGACAAGUCUUUGGAAGGUCUCUAUCAAGAGUAUGCUACUUUCCAGAAAUCAUAUGGCGGAAAGAAAUCUACAAUAAAAAAGAUAUUUAAGUCAAAUCAAUUUUGGAACAACGUCUAUCAAGAUCUCAAGUUUGAGUCUAGACAAAACUCUUCAGUUGAUUUGUUUGAAUUGAUGCCGUCUGCAGACCAAAUUGCCAGUUUCUUUGAUGAAUUUAUCAGCUACUUCCUUUUGAACCUUCAACUACUCACAAUAGUUGGUGAAGGGGACGACUACAAUUUCUUUUACUUUCAUGAUUUCAACCAUGGGUACUUCAAAAUAUUGAACGACAUACAUAACCUGAUGUACGUGCAACAAUCUACCUGGAGCAAUACGUUUCACAAUAACGAUUUCAGAAACCAAGUUCCACUGAUAAUGCACCAGGGGAAUAAUCGAGCCAAGAUUCGUCGUCAAUUGAUUGCAGAAUUAAUAGAUGCCAUUAUGGAAAACUUGCGAAUAUCAACCAAUGCUAUUGACAAUAGAAUCUCCGAGAAACAGCACGAGAAACUAUUCGACUUGUGGCGUAAAUUUUUGGACUACCUAUUCUUGGCAUUCAUUAACCAAGAUGAGCUGCCACUGCUGAUUCAAGAAAGUACACAAAAUACGUCCGGCGGCGUGAAGAAACCUCAUGAUACAGAGGGUUGCAGAUCCGAAAAUGUUAGCCGCAAGAGUCUGCAAAGUCUGAAUGGAGAAGUUUCUCUCAUGUCAAUGUCUGGAGAAGGGAAGCGGUCAGAUUCGGUCGUAACCAUGGGAAGCAACGAGCUUCUUACCCCCAAGUCGAACUACAAGCUGUCGGUCAGCUCCUUGGGAGCUCCUUCGUUCCCUUUGCAGAAGGUGCACACGUAUAUUCCUUCUCCCAAGAAGAGUAGCAAGAUACGGCUGUUGUUCACAAAACACUAG